CGUUGUCUCCUGCUUCCAACAAUGGAUGAAAACACACCUCUGCUGAACGGAGGAGCAGCUUCAACAGAAUCUGUGAUCAGUAACUCCAGACUGUUCCUGGCCGUAUUCUCAGCAGUCCUGGGGAACUAUAACUUCGGCUACUCUUUGGUCUACUCGUCUCCCGUCCUCCCAAAGUUCCAAAGUCCUGAUGCCGACCCUCGGCUCAGGAUGGACACUGAGCAGGCUGCGUGGUUUGGAUCCAUCUUCUCUCUUGGCGCCGUGGCUGGCGGGCUGGGCGCCAUGCUGCUCAAUGAUCUGAUUGGGCGCAAGCUGAGCAUCAUGAUGUCUGCAGUGCCCUCGGCGAUUGGGUACAUGCUGAUGGGAGGAGCCGUGGACUUGUGGAUGCUCCAUCUGGGCCGUUUCCUCACCGGCGUUGCUGGAGGGAUGACUGCAGCAUCCAUUCCAGUUUACAUCUCGGAGAUCUCCCACAAAAAGGUUAGGGGGGCUCUUGGCUCCUGCCCGCAGAUCACAGCUGUGUUUGGGACCCUGACGCUCUAUGUCCUUGGUCUGGUGGUACCGUGGCGCUGGCUGGCCGUGGCAGGAGCGAUACCAGCUGUGGUGAUGGUUGUGCUGCUUACGUUCAUGCCCUACUCACCCAGGAGACUUCUCUCUCUUGGCCGGGAGCAGCAGGCGGAGAAGGCCCUCCGCUGGCUGAGGGGAAGUCAGUACGACACGCGCACUGAGCUCAGCGCGAUACAGCACAGCAUCAACAUGCAGCCUAAAAUCACCUUCUCUCAACUGGCCACUCCCAUCUACUACAAACCAAUCCUUAUCUCAGUGGUGAUGCGUUUCCUGCAGCAGAUGACUGGCAUCACGCCCAUCCUGGUCUACCUGGAACCUAUCUUUGCCAAAAGUAACGUCUCCCUGAAGUCCAGCUAUGAUGCUGCCAUUGUAGGUUUGGUCAGGCUUCUUUCUGUUGCUGUGGCAGCCAGUUUAAUGGACAGGGCGGGACGCAAAGCUCUGCUGUAUACUUCAAGCAUGCUGAUGUUUCUGUCCACUCUCACUCUGACCAUGAGUUCCUACGGAACACCUUGUCCUCCCGUCCCUGCUCCUCCCAACCACACAGUUCUGGACCACGGCCCGAACUUUGACAUAAGCAGCACAUUACAACUUGGCCACCAAACCGCCUCAAGCCUCAUCCCUCUGAUCAGCACCGUAGUGUUCAUAUUUGGAUACGCUAUGGGAUGGGGCCCUAUCACAUGGCUGCUGAUGUCAGAGGUGCUUCCACUUGUUGCGAGGGGCGUGGCUUCAGGCUUGUGUGUCACCGUCAGCUGGUUGACGGCCUUCGCGCUCACACACGCCUUCACUCACCUCACGGACAGCUACGGCCUGUACGUGCCCUACCUGAUUUUCACCGUGGUGUGCGUUUUCUGUCUGCUGUUCAAUGCCGUGUGCAUCCCAGAGACUCGCGGCCGCUCGCUGGAGGAAAUAGAGAACUAUUUUAGGACAGGACGCACGUUCACCAUCAACCAAGGUGAUUCCAGCGCACAGUCCAGCUGAAGCCUGCAGGUCACCCCUGCCAAAAUAAAAUUUAAAAACGUUUAUCUCCUCUGCUGCUGAGCUGCACAAGUAG